AUGGAGACGAACGCAAAUCACUUGAACGGGUCCGCGGAGAUCGCAUGCACCACGACGACAGUCAAUCCAUACGAGACACGGCCAGAACACAUCCCCCGAGACGAUCCCUUCCUUGCGCAAAGCGCGCAAUAUGGACGCUACGCCCCGCACCCCGACGAUUUCACCCCUCAUUACAACCACUGGUACCAGCCGGAUCCAAAAGCGAAUGCCUUUUGGCAGGAUACCGCCACAAAAUUCUGCACUCCGGAGCACUCUCUUGGUAUCUCGGGACCAAGAGAGGCUUUUGCUGCAGGCAGUGUAAUCAUUCGGGUUGAUCGCGAUGUCGCCGAUGGUGCAGCUGCGGAACGAUACUCUUGCGUGAAUGCGAACGAACUAUCAGCAGCUCGGAAAGCCGAAGAUACUCUGAAGGAGAUUGGAGUCGCGGUUCCAGUUAUAUGCUUCUGUGGGACAAUCGAGGGAAGAAAUGUGACAGUGGAAUCUCGAAUCCCUGGUGUGUCGCUGGAUGUUGCUUGGCGAUAUCUCAGCGCCGAGGAAAUAGAUGUCUUCAAGAAUCAAUGUCGCCAGAUCCUGCAGCAGCUUGCGACAAUCGACCCUUCUUCCGACGAACCCUCCUACGUAUGCCGCGGUCUCAAUUCGCAACCCCCGCCAUCAGGAGCCGAGGAGGAACGAAGCAUAUUGUUUGCAGAAAAGGUUGCAGGGGAGGAAUUAUGUCUCACACAUAACGACCUGGAGCUACCCAAUAUUAUUGUGAAAGACGGUCGGGUCGUGGGGAUCGGCGGAUGGCGACAAAGUGGACAUUUCGGACUUGCGCGAGCCCAAAAGAUUCAUCGGUCCUUGAGAAAUCUCGAGCCUUCAAUGCAACAGAACGGAAGCACCGCUGAAGGUGGAGCGACGUGGAUUGAUCUCUACGAUGAUUCUUAUGACUCCAACAAGAGUGCGCCAUUAGUCCGAAACCUGGACACUGCUUUACCACCGGUGAAAAACGAGAUAAUGAGCUCAACUCUGGACAUAAUUCCUGCCAGUGAUGAUCUUGAAACCAAAUCGCUUGGGCUGGAUGGCAUAAGUGACCAGCCCACUUCCAAAACACUCGCAAAUCUCAAAAACGGACCAUCAUCACGCGCAUCAUCAACCGAUCGAUCAUCUCCAGCGAACUCAGUGAAACUUGCGUCAAAUAAGAAGGGAUCCGCAGCUACCAAGAAAGGCACGGCGAAAAAGCCUACAGCAAAGAAGCGCAGGCCGAACGAUGACGCAGACAGCGUUGACGGGCGCUCCAAUACACCAGCAUCCCGCACUAGCAAAACACCCGGUAAAAAGCAGAGCUCUGUAUCAGUGGCCGGUUCUCCACCACCAGAGAAGAAGAAGAAAAAGAAGCCUAGCAAGACAGCAGUCAACGAGGAGGAUGAGGAUUCGUUCGAAGAUGAAAACGCAUUAUUUUGCAUUUGCCGACGACCUGAUAACCAUACAUGGAUGAUCGGAUGCGAUGGCAAUUGCGAGGAUUGGUACCAUGGGAAAUGUGUCAACAUCGAUCCCCGAGACGCCGAUUUGAUCGAUAAGUACAUAUGCCCGAACUGCAGUAAGCGCGGCAAAGGUGUCACAACAUGGAAACCGAUGUGUCGUCUCUUCGAAUGUCGCAAACCGGCGCGCGUCACUCGCCAGAAUCCUAGUAAAUACUGCUGUGACGACCACGGCCGCGAAUUCAUGCGCCAGCAGACCCGUCGUUUCAAGCUGGGACCUGCUCGGAAACGUCUGGAGGACUUGGGCAGCAUGGGUGGGGUUCUCACGGCCGGUGAUCUAAAAGCCGCGAUCAUGGGAGCUACAUCUGUGGAGCAAUUCCGCACGUUAGGUGACCGAAUCAUUUCUCCACCUCCAGAGUCCACCAAGGAGGAAAGCCCCAAGGCCGAGGUAAAGAGCGAGACACCGCAGGCCGGGGACAAGCUCGGUUUCGAUAUCGAUUCCAGCGACCUGGACUAUUCUCCCGACGAAGCAGCAAGACUUGACAAGCUGCGCAACCUUCGGGACGAGCUCAUCCAUCGCAAGGAGAUGCUCGCAGCCCGGUCGACAUUUGUGGGUCUUGUGCGCCAGCGAUCCAAGGGCGUGGUCGAAAAACUCAAGGCAAACGACCCGAAAGGCGGAUGGAAGGACAUCUGCGGCUUUGAUUCUCGCCUCUCCUGGUCCGACGAGGAGUUUGAUGAGUGGCGGCUGUCGGAUGCUGGCAAGAAAGCCCUUUCGGAGGGUACAGUCGAGGCCCUCGCCGCGAGUUACCCGACAACCACCGAUGGCGAUGGCGACACGGCCAUGGACGGGGAAGAAGAUGAACUGGCAUUCUGGACCCGCGGCAUUUGUACCAAGAAGCGGUGCGAACGACACAAGCAGUGGGUUAAGGUGCAGCAGCAGGACAUUGUCUUUGAAGAGAGCGCGGCGGAUCAAGAUCUCACCAAGUACGAGUCUGAAGCUCGCUCUGUAGCGGAGAGAGCCGUGUUGAGGAAAUGGGCCGAGAAGGAGAAUAUGCCUCUUGAGGCCCGAUGA